AUGCCGACGUCUAGGGCACUGACACCCGUUGCAGCCUCCCUGAUUGAGUCCGUCGAGUAUCAUGAUAUAAAGUUCAACGGUUCCCUCUUUAACCCUUCGGUAUACAUGGGCAAGCCGUCUCCGGAAUUGGAUGGUGCUUGGAAUGCGAUAGUGCAGCGUUCUAAGCCCACGAGAAUUACCAGUGAAAUGCUGAAGAAAUUACACAAAGAAGAGCGCCCGUCACUUAUCAGGUUCAUGGACGUGGAUGGCGGCGGCUACCUGGGCUCGCUGGAAUUCACUCAUCAACUUCAUUGUCUGAACGUGCUGCGCAAGCACACUUAUUACGACUAUUAUAAGGAUACCGAACCAGCGAUCCUGGAGGGACCUCGGGCUUACCGAAACCACUUGGACCACUGCGUGGAUAUGUUACGGCAGCACGUCCUGUGCAACGCAGACGUUGGGCUGGUGACCUACGAUUGGGUCAAAGGGUACGAUACGCCGUAUCCGGAUUUCUCUAACUGGCACAGGUGCAGGAACGUUGAGAAGAUCUGGGAGUGGAACGAGGAAAAUUCAGUGCAUCUUCCACGGGAACGGCUCACUAGAUUUGGAGACGAAGUGGAUUUAGAGCAUCCUGAUGGGUGGAAACCUCUCGUAGAGGAUGUUUAG